AUGAAGAUCAUUGGGGAUCUCCUUCUGUUCUGUACAGUGGCCCAUCUCUGCACCUGCUCAGAAGCUGCCAGUCUGCCUUUAAAAACAGUAGACUGCAGCAUUUACGAGAAGCACCCAGUGGUGGCCAUCCCCUGCCCCAUCACAUACCUGCCUGUUUGCGCUGACUACAUCACCUAUGGGAAUGAAUGCCACUUGUGUAUUGAGAGCUUGAAGAGUAAUGAAAAAGUUCAGUUUCUUCAUGAAGGAAGAUGUUAA